GACCAAACAAUCCCUAACUCGUCAAAUUGAACCCCUCGUCUGCCUUUUUCGUGAAUCCCUCUCGACGCACCAGUCCGCCGACGCCUUUCACACCGUCGUCAUCACCCGUUCUCUACCGAAAUUUCCAAAAAAACGCUCAACCUAAGGCAAGUUACGGUUGGUCUAUGGUGCAACCGCAACUCACUUGCGGUUGGUCCAUGGUGCAACCACAAGUGAGCUGCGGUUGGCCCAUGGUGCAACCGCAAAUGAGCUACGAUUCCCUUUUUUUUGUUUUUUUUUCCAAUUUUUGGAGUGAACUUUACCAAUUCAGAGUCGCUAGUCAUGAUCCAGACAUCAUAUCGACGAUUCCAACUCCAGAAUAACGAUGAUGAAUUCUCCCUUUUGAAUAAUGUUUUAUUUUCUUUACUAAUUGGUGUUUGUUUGCUAAAGGGAAAGUAAAGAAGCUAAAAGGUUAAAUUUUUAACUUCGAUGUUUUUUAGGGCGACAUUUAGCAAUUUUAAGGGCGACCUUUAGCAACUCCCUUGAUAUUUGGUAUAAAUAUCCACGUGGUCAAUGAAGCAAAAGCCAUGUUGAGAGAGAGCUUUGAGGUCAAAGAUCUGGGUGAAGCUAAGUUUAUGCUUGGAAUCAAGAUAACUAGAACAGCAAAUGGUUAUUCUCUAGAUCAAUAUAGCUACAUAGAGAAGAUCUUGAAGAAAUAUAACUAUUUCAACUGUAAACCUGCGUGUACUCUAUAUGAUGCUAGUGUAAAGCUAUUCAAGAACACUGGAGACAGUGUAAGACAAUCUGAAUAUGCUAACAUCAUUGGAAGUCUUCGUUAUGCGCGGAUUAUACUCUACCAGACAUUGCAUAUGUCGUGGGAUUGCUUGGUAGGUUUAAUAGCUGUCCUAGUGGAGAGCAUUGGAAUGCUAUAGAGAGAGUAAUGAGGUACCUCAAGAGAACAGCGAACCUUGGUGUACACUAUCAAAGGUUUCUUGUUGUUCUAGAAGGGUAUAGUGAUGCGGAUUGGAAUACCUUAUCAGAUGACUCCAAGGCAACCAACGGGUAUGUCUUUAACAUUGCUGGGGUACGAAACAAACAAUCCUAGCUCAAUCAAUUAUGGAAUCAGAGAUGAUAGCACUAGCAACGGGUAGUGAAGAAGCGAGUUGGUUGAGAGGAUUAUUGUCAGAGAUUCCUCUUUGGGAAAGACCGGUCCCUCCGAUAUAGAUCCAUUGUGAUAGCACCGCAGAUAUCACUAAAGUUGAGAACCGGUUCUAUAACUGAAAGAGACGACCGAUUCGUCGUAAGCACAGUACUUUAAGAGAACUCCUAACAAUAGGAGCAAUGAGGGUGGAUCAUUUAAGAUCCGAACAGAAUCUAGCUUAUCCUUUGACGAAAGGAUUACCUAGAGAGAAAGCCAGAAUACCGCCAAGGGUAUAAGACUUAUGCCUAUCGAACUAUGGAUUACAAGUGCAGGUAACCCGACCCGAUAGACGGGAGAUCCCAAGAAACAGGUUCAAUGGGUAAUAACAAAGACUAGAGGUUGACUUAAAAGAAACUCUUGAUGAGGUAUAAACUCCAUGUGGAGUGAAGUACUUUACUUUGGGGUACUUCUGAUAGACUUACCUAUGGAAUAUUCGAGAGAUAAUUCCUGGCCGGAAUUAUCUUACCGACGCGGUUUAAUUAAGGAAGUAAUUAUCUUCCUAAUUAAUCUGACUUAUUCCCCAAGUAAGAGGUUAUAUUCUUAGGGGUUUCGGCUCUUAUAAAGAACCGUCUCCCCAGAUCCUCUAAAUACACCAUAAACGAGCAGAAACACAAGAGAGAGAGAGAGAGAGAGAGAGAGAGAGAGAGUGUGUGUGUUCAAAGAGCUCCAGUUUUUGCACAAAAUCGUCGAACACAAGAGGAGUUGUUUUAUCCUGGAGAGGACCAAUUGAUAGUCUGUCGUGCACAACGAAUGGAGUGUCGCGAACGUCUUCAAAAAAGCAAUCUAGUCUGUGACUCAGCUCCAGAUUCGGUAAACUGUUCUCCUUGUUGUUCCGUUCCUAACAGCUUCUCCGCGCGACUUUCCAGCAUCUUCUUAGCACGUUACCAUGCCAAUACUAAAAUGAAAAAUGGCGGCAUGGAAUCUCUUCUCAAAACUCCUAAUGAACACAACACCUUUACACUCUAUUUCUUGUUUAUUUCUCAGAAAGAUUAUUUCGAGAUUUUCCAUGGCGAAUUCCCAUGGAUAAGUUUUUUUAACAUAACUAUGAUUCCUCCUGUCCAUUUUCUAUGUUGAGAAGAGGGAUCAACUGAUGCCGAGCGUUCCUUCCUGGUCCAUCUGCCGGCGAGGAGAAACCAGGAGCGCCGCCGGGGGUUUAUCGGUGGCAAAGACUCAGGAGAUACUGAAUUUCAGGGGAGGCGGGGCUUGUGGGAGACGGAUGAUUUCGCGUUGGGUAGGGCGAUUUCUUUAAGGUUUUUUAUUUUAUUUUAAUAUAGUGCGACUAUUUAUAAUGAGAACUAAAUGAACAUCAAAUGAGGGACAAUUAAGUCAUUUCUCAGCUCAUUUAACAGUCAUUUAAUAGAUAAUUAAACAUAAGAUUAUAUUUGUUAUGUUUUAAUAGUAGAAGGGUACGUCUGUGCACAAAAUUAGAAGAGGGGUAUGUUUGUGAAUUUGUGAUAGUAGAGGGGUAGAAAAUGCUAUUAACCGUUAAUAUAAUAAAUAUAAAUAAAUUGAUAAAAAACAU